UAGAACCUUCCGAGAAGUCUGUUGAGAUUAUGAGGAAGUUCUCAGAACAAUAUGCGCGGCGCUCCGAGACAUAUUUUUGUGUUGACAAAGGAGUGACGUCUGUUGUCAUUAAGGGGCUUGCUGAUCACAAAGAAACUCUCGGUGCACCCCUCUGUCCUUGCAGGCAUUAUGAUGACAAAGCUGCAGAGGCGGCACAAGGAUUUUGGAAUUGUCCGUGCGUACCUAUGCGUGAGAGGAAGGAGUGCCACUGUAUGCUCUUUCUUACACCUGAUAAUGAUUUUGCUGGGAGGGAACAGACCAUUACAUUGGACGAGAUAAAAUUAUCAACAUCAAAUCUGUAAAUAAAGGUUUAUGGUUGACACCCCCUUUUUUUUUGUAAGUCAACAACUUUAUUAUACUUGUAAUCAUAUAGCAAAUUUUAAAAUUCCAAUUUUACAUAGUUUUCAAAGAGAAUAUUUUAAUUUUCUAUUUGUGUUACAUUGAGGACCCUAUGGUCUCGUUAGGCUGAUGAACUGAAUAAAGUCCUAGUACCUGUUAUUUGACAA